CGCGAGGGGCAGGUUUGAGAUUCACCGCUAAUUGUGGAUAGUCUCUGAAAGAUAUUGGCAGCGUCCGAAUAAAACGAAUAAUUGUUGUGGUUCAAAUCACAAAACAAUAUUGAAAUUAAUAUAAUGCAGGUUAAAAUGAUUAGAACAGCAAUGCAACACGCAAAGAGGCAUCCAGGGCUCAUCCCCCAGUUCUUCUUCAUCAUGUUGGGCAUGGGAGGAGCCUCUAUGUAUUUGGUUCGUCUUGCAAAGGGACCCCAUGUCACCUGGAACAAGACAAGCAACCCUGAGCCCUGGAAUCAGCUGGACCCAACAUACCAGUAUAAGUUUGUAGCCAUCGACACAGACUACAAGAACCUAAAGAAGGAGGGACCUCGGUUCUGAGUAUCUUAUCUCCUGUCCUGACAACACCAGAUCCCACCCACUUGACUGCAUUGUAAAUAACCUUUAGUCAUGUUGUGCCUGUCCACAUGUCAACCUUCUGUAGUUUGUGUUUUGAUUAAAGAAUGUUAAUCAGAGAAUAAUUCUUCUCUCAACACUUUCACACAAUAUGGAUAUUGACAUAUUGAUUCGUAAUGUUGAUUUGUUUUACUUUAUCAUUUAAUACUUCCUUGUUAGUUUGGCAGUCACGGAAUGUUACAAUGAAUGUGUGCAUUAAUGGAAGUGGCUAGUGUGCAUAGAUUAUAAUUUUUUUAAGCUAAAAAAGUUUUAUUUUAUUCAAAAUGCUGUCCAAAUAAAAUGUCUUAAUUGUG